CUCCUGAGCUCUGGAUGGUCUCAUCUGGAUGGGAAGAAAGGUUUGCCCGUAACUCAAGCUAAAAGCUCAUGGAGACAAGGGAGCUGGAGGGCGAACUCAGCCUGGCUGGGGAAGUUUCCCAGCAAAACUCGACAAACUGGGAGUCAUUAGUGGAGAGGAAAAAGCCAGCAAGGCUGCUUGUCCUUCCUGGAAACGUCCUGUACAGCCCCCGAGAUGGCGACCGAGGCCGUGCCUAUGCUACAAAGUGAUGUCGGCGUUCAGCUGCCAACGGCUGCUGUCAGAGGGAGGCUCUAACCCACCAGGCUGCAGAAAGGACCCACAGGCCAGUGAUCAGGGGCUCGGCUCACCACGAAGGCAGGACCAUGGCGAGGGAGAAUAUCUAUGAGAACAUGCUGAUGACGGAAGCUGCUCCCCGACCCAAAGGAAACCCUCCAGAGACAUCGGUCCCUUGGCGGCACAGGGGGCGGAGCAUCGUCACUGCUGUCCUUCUCCUCCUGAGUCUGGCCCUGGCCAUGUCCCUCCUUGCUUUGAUGCUUCUGUAUCUCCGGGCACAGAGCAAGCUGCAAGCAGUUGAAGAAGCGGUGCAGAAGCUCCAAGUCUCUCUGCAUCCUGACAAUGCCUCGGACGCGUCAGCAAAGGGAUCGGACAGUUUGCAGCUAUUGGAUGAAGCGCAGGCAGGAGUCCGGCUGCUGAAAGCCCAGCUGGGUAACGUCAGUGCAGCGUAUGGAGAAAUCCAGAUCCGGCUGGACAUCUGUGCAGCGCGAGCAGCAGUGAAAGAUUGCUGUAGUGACGUGCUGACAAAGCUCUCCAGGGGCUGGAGGUUUUACGGUGGGAACCUCUAUUACUUUUCAAAAGGAAAGAAGUCGUGGGAUGCAUCCGAACGGUUCUGUGUGUCUCAGCACUCGCACCUGACCUCUGUCUCCUCCCAGGUGGAACAGGAGUUUCUCUCCAGCGAGACCAAGGGAGAAGAUCACUGGAUUGGACUCACCGACCGGGAGACAGAAGGCAGCUGGCGCUGGGUGGACGGCACAGAAUACAGAGCAGACGCAAGCAGGGGGUUCUGGGAGGAGAAUCAGCCAGACAACUGGGAUCAGGGGACAGGAGGCAGAGAAGACUGUGUUGAGAUCCACACAAGGAAGCUGAAUAUGUGGAAUGAUGCCAACUGCACUCUGCCUUCUAGGUGGAUUUGUAAGCAGGCCCAUGGACAGGCUGGGCUGUGACAUGCAGGUCCCAGCACCUCAGAAAGUGCCUUAAUUUCCAAGCUAUGGAGCAUGUUUCCCAGACACCUGCCGAUGAGGAGCCCUGUGCACUGGAGGGGGCCGCAUGGGAUGUGCAUCGCAGGGACACUUCAUCUUGGUGUGAUAUUUCUGGCCGUGGCCACGACAGCCGCCCUUAUGCUGCUCAGUGUGGCUGGCUCUGUAAUUUGUAUGUUUCCAGGUCUGUCACUGAAUAAAGUCCUUGGAUCAUGGAAUUAUUGUUUCACAAUCACCCAGUAAAUAAUG